CCCACCAACUCAGUUCAGGGCGUUUUGAUUGCGCCUUGAAAGGUACUUAAACCCAGUCUCCCUCCUGCUGGGCUUUUCCCCCUCGAAUGUAUUUCCUCACACUCUACUCUCCAUCCAUUUCGACUCACUGUGCCAACCAAGUCAACUAAGUCGACCAAUCCAAGAGCACCUUUGAUUCUUAUUUUCUUGGAAAGUCGGUUCUUCCCCUAAGUUCUUCUCCUCACCAACUGUCAGUGCAGUCAAAGAUGGACAACAAGGAGACGCUCAAUGUAGACUCCCACAAUAACUCGAAUCUUGCGACCGACCAGUCUUCCGACCCAGCGGAUCCCUUUGCUUCUCGCAGUCACAGGACCUGGACACCCAAGUAUGGGCGCGUCCAGAAGUGCGACUUCUGCAACGCUCGGUCGCCAGGAACGCUCCACGUGUGCACGACGUGUGCCAUCCACAUCUGUGAAAAGUGUUCCAGAUCCGACCGCUGGCAUUCUGACUCCAAGCACUUUAUCGAUCCAGACGCCUACAACUGGAUUGAGGUGAAGUCCUCUAAAGCCUCCAGCAGCCGUAAAACCAGGGCUUCAGGAGGCAGUAGCGCGGUCGGCGAUGGAAUCGCUCGUUCAGGAGAGCAGCAUCGCAAUGCUGAAGUCAAAAAUCACGACGAGACUGAUCCCGACGAUACUGAAUACAUCGAUGACGAUAACAACUCAGAGAACUCGAGCACGGCUUCUAAGCGUCCUCGCUCGUUUGUAAACUUCAGCAGACCUUUCCGGGGCGGUAACACUCGCCAGCAAUCCACCUAUCCAUAUCCACCUCGGACCACAGCGGCCGCCGCACGACCGAGUGUUCGCCAAGCGGCUGCUCGGGCACUGACCCGCAUGAGCCGUCAGAACGGCUCCGACGACGGCGAUGGUGAGGGUGAUGAGGGUGAUGACGAUAACAGUGGCGAUAACAAUACCAAUAACAAUGGCAAUAACACUGGCGAUAACAGUGGAGAAGACGACAGUAACAAUAUUGAGCAACAGGGUGCUGAUGGCAAUCACGGCUCUGUUCCGACUCGUCACCCGGUUCCUCCUUCGGGCUUUCCCCUUGCGGACCAGCCAGUAGCACCUACCCCCUAUGACAACCUUGUCUACGACAUCUACGAGCAGAUCUACGGCAUCCGACCCGUGUGGUAUGUACUACAGGCAGAAACUCCCGUCUUCGUGUCUUGUUGGCUCCGUCUAGCGUCACGAGCAAAACGACAUGAAGACAAGGCCUUGACCCCAAACCUUCCCCUUACAAACCGCCAAGAAUAACGCAUGUACUAUGUAUGGCGUGACUGACGUUGAUUGCCGAACAGGAUGCCGCGCGUCCGUACAUCGAUUCCAAGCCGUUGGGACGGCGAAUGGCCCUCCUCAACUCCAUCGCCGGGGCAGCACCGCCGUGAAGAGGACGGCACCAUCUACCAACAGUACGAGCUGUACCACCAGCACGCCUUCUCUGCCGCGACUCAGUUCUAC